AUGGCGCUCGACACCUUCUUCCACAACAAGAUCGAGAGCAUGAAGCUCGAGAUCAUCCAGGGCCAAGCAAAGCUCCGCCGUCUAGAAGCACAGCGUAAUGACUACAACUCGCGCGUGCGGUUACUGCGCGAGGAGCUGGGCCUGCUUCAACAGCCUGGCUCCUACGUCGGCGAGGUCGUCAAGGUGAUGGGCACCAAGAAGGUUCUGGUCAAGGUGCACCCGGAGGGCAAAUACGUUGUCGACGUCUCGGAUCAGGUUGACAUAUCCAAACUGACGGCCGGCAAACGUGUCACCCUCCUCAGCGAUUCGUACAAGCUGGAGAAGAUGCUCCCGUCGUCUGUCGAUCCUCUCGUCUCGCUCAUGAUGGUCGAGAAGGUUCCCGACAGCACGUACGACAUGAUCGGCGGUCUGGACCAGCAGAUCAAGGAAAUCAAGGAGGUCAUCGAGCUGGGUCUCAAGCAUCCCGAGCUGUUUGAGUCCCUUGGUAUUGCACAACCGAAGGGCGUCCUGCUGUACGGGCCGCCGGGAACAGGAAAGACGCUGCUUGCUCGUGCAGUGGCACACCACACCGACUGCAAGUUCAUCCGAGUGUCUGGCAGCGAGCUGGUGCAGAAGUACAUUGGUGAAGGCUCGCGCAUGGUGCGCGAGCUGUUCGUCAUGGCACGUGAGCAUGCGCCAUCGAUCAUCUUCAUGGAUGAAAUCGAUAGCAUCGGUAGCAGUCGUGUCGAGGGCUCGUCUGGCGGCGACUCGGAGGUGCAACGUACAAUGUUGGAGCUGCUCAACCAGCUGGAUGGUUUCGAGCCGACCAAGAACAUCAAGAUCAUCAUGGCCACCAACCGUCUUGACAUUCUGGACCCUGCUCUGCUCCGCCCUGGCCGUAUUGACCGUAAGAUCGAGUUCCCUCCGCCGACCAUCGAGGCCCGCGCCGAUAUUCUACGCAUCCACUCCCGCUCCAUGAACCUGACCCGUGGCAUCAACUUGACGAAGAUCGCUGAGAAGAUGAACGGCUGUUCCGGUGCCGAGCUGAAGGGUGUCUGCACCGAAGCCGGUAUGUAUGCGCUCCGCGAGAGACGUGUGCAUGUCACGCAAGAAGACUUUGAUUUGGCGACAGCCAAGGUCCUCAACAAGCACGACGAUAAGCAGAUGAGUUUGUCGAAGCUCUGGAAGUAA